AUGAAUCCACAAAUUCUUAGAAGUAGACUCAAAUAAAAGUAAACGAUAUUUAAUAAUAAUGAGCAUUCAAUUGAAUUACUAAAAAAAAAAUUAAUAAAUCGUUAAUUUCCGAAUGAUUCAUCUCUUCCAAAUCAAAAUUAAUUAGUUUACUAAUUAUUUCAACUUCAAUAAAAAGUACGAAACUCUGAGAAGUAAUUCGUCAAAAAAGAGUUGUAUUUAUAGGAGGAAAUAUUAAAGGCACAAAAGAAUUUUGAAAAAACUAUGAAUUUAAUGAAAUUCAAAUAUUAGAUGUAAAUAGAAGAUCUAAAUUCUGAAUUGAAAAUAAAGGAUGAAGAAAUAUGCAGUCUCAAUUUAUAAUUAUAAUAAAACAAUUUGAAUAAGUUAGGCAAAAGAUAGUUUUCAUCCUAAGAAUAACAGAGAAAUUACAUAAUUAAUGAAUACCCAAAUUCGAUAAGUUCUAGAAAACAUGGGUAAUUAAAAAUGCCAACAAGAUCUCAGAAUUCAAGUAGAAAAGAGAGUGCAAAUAAAUAUUAGAAAGAACUAUGUAGGAUUAGAAUAUAGACCUCAGAAUUCGCUUAAAAAGUAGAAAGUGAGAAAAGUUAAAUUCUAUCUGAUAUUGCUAUAUUAAAAAGUUAGAAACAAAUUCUUAAAAGUUACUUGAACUUACAUAGCGAUCGAACCUAAUAUAAUUCUCCAAUAAAAUCUAUCAAUACUGAGAUAAAUAGACAGAACAGCUCUUCCUUUGGAGUUAAAGAAUACUUCUCUCGAAAGUGA